CGUCAUCGCAUCGUUGCCAAAGAAGUCAGAUGUUGUCGUUGCCGCCAAUACCGCCGAGAGUCGGGAAUUUGGCGCGCUUUUUACGGUGAAUCGGUCUAAAGUAGUACCAAGUAGUACGCUGACGGGCGAAUGUUUUUUUUUCGAAAUUUUCGCGAACGUGAAAGUAGUUUUUAAUAAAAAUAAUUACUCUUGAUAAAUAUUUAUUCAUAAUUUUUUACAAGUUAAUCAAAUAAAUAGCUCUUGAAAUGCUUAGUACAAUGGAAUCAAAUGCGACAGGUUUGUGUGAAAAUAGUACCGCUACAGUCGGCUUAGGCGAUGAAGAAACUACGGAAAAUUUUGCAACAAGCAACCCCGCAAAAAAUACUCUUUCGAAUGAGGAUCAAAAUACAAAGUUCUCGGAGGAUCAAAAUUCACACCUCGACGAUGUUAACCUUAAAACCAGAGUGAAGGAAAAUACUGAAGAAGAAGAUGAACAUAAUAUUGUGGACGACAAUAUUGGUGACAGAAGAAAGAAAAAAUAUAAAACAUUUUUGGAUAGUGAUUCUGAGGAAGAAGAAAAUCCAACUUUGUCAUCCUUCGAAAAACUCGGAUUUGAAAGUAAAUUGGAAGAUUCUUCAUUGGUUAAUGACAACAGUGUCUCCGUUAAACCAGAUUUUGCUACCAAAAUUCAAAAUUCAAGGAAGUUCGUCGAGAGCGACUCUGAUGAAGACGGUAUUCUUGAUAGAACUAAUGUGAAUGUUAACAAUGAAAACAAAAGUGAAGACUUGGAUCAAAAUACUACUGCCAAAUCUUCGAAACUGAAGUUCUGCACCAUCAUAGACUCAGAUUCAGCUGACGCGGAUGACCCUGAUCAGUCAGAUUCAAUACAAGUUGAGAGUCAUAACGAAGCUACGUUUAGAAACAGAAACAAAUCGGAGCCGAAACUCAAUAGCAUCUUGGAUUCUGAAUCUGAAUAUGACAAUAGUUUGCAUCGAACCUCCCCAACUGUAAAGAAAAAAAAAAUUCAUCGUAAAAAAAAAACAAAAGAUGGAAAAUCUAAACAAACGUCAAAAUCUAUCAACUUGGUUGAUACGGAUUCGGAAGAAGACACACAACAUCAAGAUACCAAAGAAUCUUUUAAUGAAGAAACUGAAAAUCUAGUACCUGGGAAAGAAAGUGGAAAAAAGGCAAAAAAACGAUCGGGUUCUGUCCGAGCUGCAAAAGACGAGGCAAUGCGUCAAAUUCACAGUGAAACGCAAAGACUCAUACGAAACUCAGCAAUUUCCUUGCCUUAUCACGUGCCAAAGCAGCGCACCCUGCAGGAUUUUCUAAACAGAAAAAAAGUAAUUCCUUUGCCCGAGGGUUUGACCACGGCUUUGAAAGUAAAAAUGUCCUCUGAAAUUGUCAGCAAAGCGUUGGAAGAAAAGGAAAAAGAAGCUGAGGCCUUUUUUAAAUCAUCAGAUUCGGAAGAGGAGAUCACAUGUACACCAUUGAGUUCAAACCUGUUGAAUGAAACGCCGGGCUCCAACGAUCAACCGCCAAUAGAAGAGACACAAAACAUUUUCAAAAAUGACCUACAAAACGCGCACAAUAAAAAAGAAAUAAUACAGCAGGCCGGAACGGAGAUUGGAGUACCGCGAAAAUUAUUUAUUGACGAGCCAUUGGAAAGAGAUAUAAGCGUGGAAUCAAAAGAGGACGACAAUGAAUAUUCUGUCAAAUUGGAUCUGCCAAAAAAGACAAAAGAAACAAAACAAGGAAUCAGGGAAGGAAAUGUACCAAGGAAGUUAUUUCCGAGAGACUACGACGAAGGCGUCGAUUCACCGCCAAAGGACGCGAUGAUCGUAUCGGAGUGUGCCACCAAUUCAGAAAGGCGUCUAAAUAUCGAAGUAGAUCAGGAAAACGUUGACGAGGGAAUACAUUCGUUGGAAAAAAAUAACGAAUCGAGCGAUGAUUUUAAUGAAAAUGAUACAGUUUUGAAAAUCACUGGUUCUGAGAUACCGCAAAUCUGGGAGAAGGAAAAAAUAAAUGAGAAAAAUGAUGCAGAUCCUUCGAAUGACUUGUUCAAUAUAUCAGAAACUCCUAUUAUAAGUAAUAAAGAAUACGCGAAAUUGAACGAGCGUGAAAUAUCAUCAAAGGUUCGCGAGAAUUCCACCGAUAACUCGGAAAUUACUAAAGAUCCUACGAAAUCUGUUUUCGGUGAUGUGAUCGGUCUUCCACUCCCAGACUUUGACGAAGUAUCUUCAGGCUCGAAAACAUUGGAUACGAAAAAAAAAAUUCUCUCCACGUUGUCAAAAAUUCAACCGAAAUUGCGUGGCUCGCCGGGAAUGAUGAUCGACCUAACAAAUGACGCAAAGCCCGACAAGGAAGGCAUCCAAUCGUUGCGUGAUCGUUUUUUCAGACAUUCGACUAUCAACAAGCCCAAAGAAGUGCAGAGUUCCGUGAGUGUUAUGAGGACCGAACAAACGCCGCAUGGUCUCAAAGUCGUGGAAGAAAUUUUACCGUACAAAAUUCCUGUCGGAGGAUUCACUGAAAAGGAAUUACAAAAACCCGGAGCCAAAUAUAAAAGGUUGAAAAUGGAUUUGAUUCAAAAAAUGGCGAUGAAGCGAGACAAAGAAUGGGAGUUAGAGGCACAACGGAGAGAAGAAAAUCGCGCUGAGGAAGAGAAUGAAGACGAAGAGAAAAGUGAGAAGGAAGAGGAGGAAGUCAUUGAGCUGGAUGAAGAGGAAGGGACGACGGAGAGCGAACCGGAAGUGGAUGACAUGCCGGCUGAAAAACGUAAGAAAAGAAAGCUUCGUGAAUUCGCGGACGAAGAAGCUGAGGUUAGUCUCGAAGAGGACGAGGAAGAUGAGGAAGAUAUCGACGACGAGGAAGACAAUAUAUCCUUAAGAGUUGAUAACGACGAAGAUACACAGGAGAAUUGUUCAGACUCGGAAAGUUUGAAACAGCCUCGAAGGACUCGUAUCGUUAAACCUUUCGAUGACGAUUCAAACUCUCAGCCCGAUCGGUUGUCUGAGACUGAUAGUGGCGGAAAAAUACUGGAACGUACGAAAACGGACGUCGACAUGUUCGCAUCGGAACGCGACGAUUGGUCAAGUGACAACGAGGCAGAAUUUCCACUCUCGCAAAUUCUACCACGUGAUCAAGCAGACGCUCGGAGCCAACUUUGCAAAACUCCCUUAACAGCUGUCAACGCUCUUCGCUUUGUAUCGCCCAUAACUCAAUUGACAGGUUUGAACACUUCGUACAACAGCCCGAAAGAAAGUCCAGCCGAUAUUUCUUUCGGAAGCUCCCGAAUUUCCGGAUCUUUUAGCGAAAAAACGCCGAUCGGUUUGAAAGAAUCGCCCAUUUCUUGCGACAAAGACAAACGAUCAAAUUUACAAAAAAAACUGUUCGAAGACCCGACUAGCGUGGUCAACGAUGACGAACUGAUGGGACUGUGCUCCGGAAAAUUUACUGGUUUAGAAAACGAGACAAAAGAUUCGAUUGAUCCGAUGGGAAUUUCGACGAGUGAAAAAGUUACGGAAACACAACUUUUGGGACUUUGUUCCGGCACGUUUACUUCCCAGAUUUUGGAUUUGGACGGGGAUGAAGAUGGGAAAAAUAUUAAUGAGGAUUCACAGGAUAUACGUCUCACUAUGGACCCCGAUUCGGAAGAUUCCGGUGACGAUGUGGCUUCGAAGGAAAUUACGAAAUCAAAAUAUAGUAGUCUCCGGGUUAAAUCAUCGUCUGAGGAUGACAAUUCGGAGGACGAAAAUGCAUCGAAAAGUAUGAAAAAACGGAAAGUACAGCAGUUAAAUUUGUCCGACGAUGAGGAAUUCUCCGAUGAAGAGAAGGACGAGGAAGAAGUUUCGAAAAAUGACGAGAAAUACGUCGAUUAUGACUCUGAAGAAAACGAAAUUGUUGUUGUUCCAAAAAAGGAUAUUAAGAAAGUUGCUGCAACGUUUCUCGAGGCCGAAGCCGAACUCAGUGAGAGCGAAUGGGGCUCCGAGGACGAGGACGAAAAAGGAUUAGAUCGACUUGAAUUUGAAGAAGCCGAUGAGGAGGAAAUCGACGAAAAUCAAAUGAGAGAUCAAUUAGAAAAAAUUCACAUGCGUCGAGUUCACGAUGACGAUCAGCGGGAGGUUAGAAUGCUGCAAGAAUUGUUGUUCGACGACGGAGACCUUCACACUGAUGGCAGUGGUCGAGAGAGAAAGUUCAAGUGGAAAAAUAUAGAUAAAUUAGGGGAUGACGACAAAUUUGGUCCUCCAGGUGAAGAUGGUGGAGAAAAUGGAGAUAUGGUUGAAGACGAAACCGAUUUAGCUUGGCUCAAUGAAAAAAUAGAACGUGAAAAAUUCCUUGAAGGCACAACGAAAACUGAUGUCGACGAGGUGAUUGAGGAACUGGCAGCCGAUAGUCAAGUUUUUACCCUGGGAAUGAAAGCUUUAAAAAGGACCAAAAGUUCUCAGAAUUCUCAAAAGGAACAAUCCGAGCCUGUGAUUAUGAAGCCGGUUGCUUCACGAACUAUUUUAGAUUUAGUGGACACUCAGAGCUUUGGUUCGAGUAGGACAAUUAUACGUAAAGCUGUUUCUCGAGGAUCGUUUUUAGCACGCGGGGACGAGUGUUUGGCUCGAAUGGCUGUACACUUGAAAGAAACGGAAACAACCGUUAUAAAAAAAGCAAAUCCACGAAAUUUUGUAUUCGGUCAAAUGAAUCCGUCGGAUGAAGAACCUACGAAAAUGAAUGAAAAUAAUCGAACAGGAGACAUUUCUUUGGAUACAUUGAAGGGUAACAAACGAAAAUCGACAGGAAGUUUAACACCACGAUCAACAAAAAAAGCAAAAAUAGAAAGAGCUGGAUCGACGCGAAAAAAAUGAUAUUGAUUUUCUUUUCCGAUAAAAACGUUCAUUGAAAUAUGAAGGGUCCAUUUUUUAAAGAACCAGGUUAAUUAUAGUAAUAGCAAGUUUUAAUUGUUAUAAUAGCUCGUAAAUAAAGUAGAACAAUUAUUUUUAUGAGAUAGUUAUAAGUCGUUGUAAAAUAAAAAAAAUUGUUUUUUGUACCUGUGAAAA